GGCUUCCGUCACCGGUGCGAGCGCGCAAGAAAGGGAGCGGGAGGAGAGGGGGAGAUGAGCGGCGACGACGGCGAGAAGGCCAAGGCCGCCGCCGCCGGCGGCGGCGGGGGAGGCGGAGGAGGAGGGGAGUACGGGACGUUCCAGGGCCCGCCCAGCUACCCGCCCCCGCGCCCGCCGGUCGUCGGGUACCCGCAGCCCGCGCCGCCGCCGGGGCUCUUCGGCCAGCCGCAGGGCGAUGCCUACUACCGCCCCCGCGGCGGGUACCAGGCCGUUCCCGUUCAAGAUUACGGAGCAGGUCGUGGACAUAGCCAUGAUCGCCUUCCUUGCUGUGGAAUUGGUAUUGGCUGGUUUCUAUUCAUAUUCGGUUUCUUCCUCGGUGCUAUUCCCUGGUAUGUCGGAGCAUUCCUUCUGUGGUGUUCUAGAGUGGACUACAGGGAGAAACCAGGAUAUGUAGCAUGCACUAUAGCGGCUGUCCUUGCCACAAUUGCUAUAAUCAUCGGGGCUACCGCUGGAGCUGCUUAGUUACAUUUUAAAUUGUGUUGUUACUGUACAUACUGUAAAUUUCAUGGAUUUACACAGAGAUUUAAUAUGUCGUCUGCAUUCUGUUUGAUUUUUUUUAAUGUUUAACAAGGAGAACGCAUGCCCUUGUUCAUGGUCAUAAAUAAAUCAGGUCGUUCAUGGUCAUAAAUAAAUCAGUUGGAGACAAUUUCUCCUUAUGAAUA